GCGCGCGCAUGCGCGGGGCGGGCUGAGGCGGGAGCGCGCGGGAGCCGCGGGCGGGCUCAGGAAACAUGAAAGUCAUCACCUGUGAAAUCGUGUGGCACAAUAAGGAGCCGGUUUACAGCUUGGACUUCCAGCAUGGAGCGGAUGGGAGGAUCAAUCGCCUGGCCUCGGCUGGGGUGGACACAGCCGUGAGGAUCUGGAAAGUGGAGAAAGGCCCGGAUGGAAAAGCCAUCGUGGAAUUCCUGUCCAACCUGGCGCGCCACACCAAGGCCGUGAACGUCGUGCGCUUCUCUCCCAGCGGGGAGAUCCUGGCCUCAGGAGGGGAUGAUGCCGUCAUUUUGCUGUGGAAGCUGAAUGACAGCAAAGAGUUGGAGCCGUUGGUUUUUCAGGAUGAAGAUGAAGCUCAGCUCAACAAGGAGAACUGGGCAGUCGUGAAAACUUUGAGAGGCCACUUGGAAGAUGUGUAUGACAUUUGUUGGACCUCAGAUGGAAAUUACAUGGCAUCUGCUUCUGUGGAUAACACAGCAAUCAUGUGGGAUGUCAAUAAAGGACAGAAAGUUUCAAUAUUUAAUGAGCACAAGAGUUAUGUCCAAGGAGUAACCUGGGAUCCUCUAGGCCAGUAUAUUGCAACCCUGAGUUGUGACAGGGUCCUGCGGGUUUACAGCACCCAAACCAAGCGAGUGGCCUUCAAUGUCACCAAGAUGCCAUCGGGGUCAGGAGCUGAAGGAGAGGCGCGGAGCUUUCGGAUGUUUCACGAUGACAGCAUGAAGUCGUUUUUCCGCAGGCUCAGCUUCACUCCUGAUGGCUCCUACCUGCUCACUCCAGCUGGCUGCGUGGAAUCGGGAGAGAACGUUACAAACACCACCUAUGUUUUCUCCAGAAACAAUCUUAAAAGGCCCGUGGGUCACCUGCCCUGUCCUGGCAAGGGAACUCUGGCUGUUCGCUGCUGUCCUGUGUACUUUGAGCUGAGAGGAGCCUCUGCUAAAGAUGAAACCAAUCCCAAAUCCCCCCCUGCCCUGUUUAACCUCCCCUAUCGAUUGGUGUUUGCUGUUGCUUCAGAAGAUUCUGUGCUUUUUUAUGACACUGAGCAGUCCUUCCCCUUUGGUUAUGUCUCCAACAUCCACUACCACACCCUGAGUGACAUUUCAUGGUCCAGUGACGGAUCCUUCCUGGCCAUUUCCUCCACGGACGGGUACUGCUCCUUCGUCACCUUCGAGGAGGAUGAGCUGGGAACGCCCCUGAAGGAAAAGCCCCAGAUCCAUCUCAGAGCUCCUGGUGCAGCAGCAGCAGACAAGAAAGCCAAGAAGAGCCACAAAGUGAUUUCCCCAGGCUCCAGGCUGGCAGAGGGGACCCCUCCCAGCAAGGACCCCCCAGUCCAACCCCGAACCCCCAGCACUGCUGGGAAGGAGCUGCCUUCCACCCCUGUUGGCAUCAAAACCCUUCCAGUGCCAUCCCCUUCCACCCCUGUUGGCAUCAAAACCCUUCCAGUGCCAUCCCCUUCCACCCCUGUUGGCAUCAAAACCCUUCCAGUGCCAUCCUCAGAGGAGAGGAGAAGCAGCCAGGCAGCCACCCAGAGCAGCAAAGCCCCCCAGCCCAGGAGGGUCACCCUCACCACUCUGCAGUCCUGUUUCAAAACACCCAGGAGGAUAAACCUGAUUUCCUUGAAGCCAGACACCCCAACCUCUGCAUAUCCAGACCCAGUUCCCAUCCCUCCUUCCUCAGAACAGGAACAUGAGAGGCCAUUGCCAUCUGAUGAGAAUCUCCAAGCUCCCCCAGCACCAAAACGUGCCAGGACUGAGGAAUUGUCCCUUCCUGCACCUGCUGGAGACCAAACAAGCUGUGAGCCCAACAAAUAAAGGCUGAGCAGACCCCUCACAGCCUGAAGUCAAAGCAGCCAUGUCUGAGUACAUUUCUUUUUGCAAAAAUUCAACCCUCAAUUCCCAGUUCAAGUUCCCUGUGCGUAUUUGAUGUAGAACUGUGAAGAAACUGCCAGUAGAAGACCCAGGUUUCAGGAAUGUGGUUCUGCAGCAGGAGAAAUAGUUGGGAAGUGACUCCAAGAAUAAGAAAAUCAGGGAAAUCUGGGGAUUGAAAAUCCAUCCAGUAAGCUGUGAGUCUCCUCAAUCCAUGUUUAGAAAGCAUUAUGUCUUCCAGUAACUGUCUGGCAAAAAGAAUCUAAUUCAUUCAUAAGAUCUGAUGUGCUUCAAGACCUAAAAAAAGAGGAAAUUGUGUCAUUCCAACAUUUUGUUUUAUUUCUUGUGUAAAACAAUGUUCACCAGUAGCUGAUUCACUGUGAGGCAGCAGCAAAGCUCAGGACUGGCAUGUGGAAGCAGAAAAGGGAAGAUUUAACUGCAAGAAACGAGAAAGCAAAAGGAAGAAAUCCUCUGAAGAGCUGCUGUAAGAAUGAAACAGCAGAAGGUUCUCACUUGUUUAAUUUCUAGACUUAAAUGCAGGUGUUAGAUUUUCCUGAGGCAGCAGGAUUUGAGUGUGUACAUUGAAAUUUCCCCUUUUUCCCCAACUUAACUCCCUUAGCCAAUAAAACACAAUCCAGUGGAUGGGAAAUUUCUACACCUAAAAUUUCUUUUUAGCAUUUAGUACUUCAUAAAAGCAGAAAUACAAAUGUUCCAGAAGUCUCACAGGGAGGAAAUAUUAACAAACACCUCUGUCAGUCCUUCAGGCAAAUGAACUCUUGCCUUCAAUUAAAUUUCAACAAUUAAUAAGCAGAAAGUUGUUGGAAACUUGGUGGGAUCUUUGUUUUCUUACUGUGAUGAGGAUGGAUCUUCAUUAGACUUAAUUAAACCUGGGCUUUUUUCUAGUGAAGAAUUAUAAAGAGUUUAAUCCUUACAUUUAUUUCUCUGGCUUGCUCAUAGAUCUUUUAAAAGA